GAAUCGGAGAGUGACACUGACCUGCACCUCCACCUGCCCUCCGAACUCCAGACCCACCUACAUCUGGUACAGGAACAGACAACCUGUUGGUGCCAAAUACACGACCAGCGGCAACACUCUGGUGAUUAACCCGGUCAGUAACGAUGACAGUGGACAUUACUCCUGUGCUCUCAGAGGACAUGAAGAUCAUCCCUCUCCACCAGUGUGUGUAUUUUCUUGCAGUAGUGUGGCAUAUACCCACCAGGAGAUCUGUGCUGUGGAAGGUUCCUCUGUGGACAUAACAUGCUACUAUUCUUACCCCAGUGGCUAUGCUGUCACAACACCACUCUGGGUUUCCAGUUUGGGUUCUGGAGAGGAGACGAUGGAUUUUAGUGUGGAAAAUACAUAUGACAACCAUAUGGAAUAUAUUGGAAAUAAAAAUAAUGACUGUAGCCUAAGGAUAAAGGAACUUAGUGUGAAGCAUACAGGACAAUAUUACUUCAGAUUUGAAACAAAUAAGGAUGACGAGGAGUUUUCUGGAAAACCUGUCUCUCUCUCUGUGACAGGUUUGAUGGUAAAUAUGGAUCCUGAUACAGUGAAAGAAGGGGAGAAUGUCACACUGACCUGCAUCACCACCUGCACUUUGAGUGACCCCCCCUCUUACCUCUGGUACAAGAACUCCCAACCUAUUGCAGACAGCCAGACAUUAAUGGAAUACCUGUACCUAAACCCAGUACGCAUUGAUGAUUCAGGCAGUUACUCCUGUGCUGUGGGAGGACAUGAGGACCAUCCAUCACCUGUACGGACUCUUAGUGUCAGGUAUGCUCCUAGAAAUAUGUCAGCAUCACCAAGUUUCUCUGGUCAUAUACUGGAGGGAAGCUCAGUGACUCUGACCUGCAGCAGUGAUGCCAACCCACCAGCAACCUACACCUGGUUUAAGGUGAAAAGGGGUCAAACCUUUCCUAUGGGAUCAGGACAGCAGUUGAACAUCAGCAAUAUCAGCUCGGAGUUUAGCGGGCAGUUCUACUGCAGAGCUGAGAACAGUGCAGGAACCAAUGAUUCUGAACCAUUUCUGGUGGAUGUUCAUUACGGCCCAAAGAACACGUCUGCAUCAAUCACUCCUUCUGGUAACAUAGUGGAGGGGGAUUCAGUGACUCUGACCUGCAGCAGUGAUGCCAACCCACCAGUGCACAACUACACCUGGUACAAGAUCAACAGAGUUAACACUUCAUUAGGAUCAGAGCAGAAUCUCAGCUUCACUAACAUCAGCUCUGGGGACAUGGGGCAGUACUAUUGUGAAGUGGCAAACACAGUUGCAUCCAGUUACUCUGCAGUGCUACAUGUGAAUGUUUACUAUUCCCCCAGGAACACAGAAGUGAUCAUUAGUUCCUCUGGAGAGGGAAGUUUAGUGACUCUCACCUGCAACACUGACUCCAAUCCCCCAGUGCACACAUACUCCUGGUACAGGAAGAAUAGUAGUGGCUCUGUUCUUACAGCCACAGGGAAUAGCAGCAGCUUUACUGUUGUCUCAGAUGGUGACAUUUACUAUUGUGUAGCACACAAUGAAUAUGGCUCUCAUAACUCCUUUGAAAUUGAAGUGACUUCCGCAGCCAUAAUUCAUCAGACAGGUAUGCCAGCAGGGCUGUUUGCUGCUUUGGGAAUCAUACCAGCUGUAGCUAUAAUAGUGGUCCUUGUGUUUGUGUGCAGAAGAGGGAAACGUAUAUCCACCACCGAGAACAGAAGUACAAUGGUGGACAAUAGACAGCCGGAAGACCCCAGUCCUGUGUAUGAACAAGUUUCUGCAGUGCUGUUGACAUCUGACCAAGAAGACAGAGUGGACUCACAAGGAGAUCAAGAGGUCUCAGGAGGAGACAGAGUGGUCUCAGGAGAAGAUCAAGAGGUCUCAGGAGGAGACAGAGUGGACUCAGGAGGUGAUGAAAAUGACGUCCAGUAUGCCAGUGUCCAGUUCAAGGUCAAAAAUAAGGACGCGGCUCAAGACUCUCCAGCUGUGCAGCCUCAAGAGAAGAAGGAAGAGGAAGAGGAUGUUACGUAUGCCUUGGUGAAGUUCCGUUCUCCCUCCCGUGAAGUCAUCCAAGACGAGGAUGAUACUGCAAUCUACAGCAAUGUCAACAAACCCAGAAGCUGAACACAAAAGACUAAAGCGUGCCUGACCCCAAAAGGCUUGUAGCAUCCUAAGAUUUCAAGAAAAAUUAAAUUUUCUUGCUGUAUUGAAAAUCUGUUUUUGCAUUAUUAUUAUUAUUAUUAUUAUUAGUAGUAGUAGUUGUAGUAGUAGUAGUAGUAUUUAGCUGUAUGAAACCAUUAGUCUUGAGUUUGUGGUUUACACAGUUUUCAACAUUUUAAUUUAAUUCAUUUUACCUUGUGCCUGAGUUGUAUUUUACAAACUUGCUAUGCUUCUUGUUGGCUAUAUAUUGUUCAACUGACAUACACAAAAUACAUGUGGUAUUAUAUUUUUAUAAUGAUGACAUGUCGCCUGUGUGUGUGUGUGUGUGUGUGUGUGUGUGUGUGUGUGUGUGUGUCUGUGUGGUGUGUGUGUGUGUGUGUGUGUUUUGUUUGUUUAUGUCAUUAUUUUGGUGUCCGACAAAUUAAUAUAUUGCAUCAUGGUCAUGUGUGUAGAAGAGUUUUACUAAAAAGUACACAAUAAACACAAUAUUUAUAUAUA